AUAAAAAUCAUUCCUGUAGAUGAAAACAUGCUGAUUAUGACUGUUCCUUAUACAUGGUUAGCUAAUGGUGCAAGAUCACUUCCAUUAUUUCAGACACCUUCAUUUCUUGCAGUUAUUAAUUCGACUGGUGGUAUUAUCACCAAAAAUCUGAUUGAAAUAUAUUUCUUAAUUUCUUUUAAUGUUACUAAUAAUUUGUAUGAUUAUCCAAUUUUAAAGCUUAAUCUUGCGAUUUCUACACCAAAUAUUAUUACCGAAAUAUUAGAUGUCAAUAAAAAGCUGUUAGAAUGA